GUGUUUACUGGGUCUGACUGGUCUGACUCUGCGCACUUCCUGAAUUCAUGAAAUGAUUUGGGUGGGCUUUUCUUUUAUAAACUUAUUGAGAGCGACAUUAUCAAUAAUCCACCCUAGCUUUAGACGUCAAGCGGAACCAAAAAAUACGAAAAAAGUGUUUUUAUUGUGUUUUAACAAUCAGGAAGAAGAAAAUUUUGCAGCCUGUCAAGUGUUCAGGAAUCGGGUGGAGCGUGAUAAAAGCGCUUUGAAAUAUGGAGUACCAGCCUGUGUUGGGCCACCAGAACCCAAAUUAUGGACUCACCAACCACGGUUACGCACCAGCAGCAGCAACGGGAGCGCCAGCAAUGUUUGCCCCACCCUCAGCUGAGUCCGCGCUCCCCAGUGCUCCUCCGGCCGGCAUGUUUGACAACAUGCCUGGCUAUGAAGGAACAGUGGCAGGAGGAGGAGGUGGAUUUCUGCCCCCUCCAAUGCCUUCUGUCCCAGUUCCUCAGCCGGAACCGGCUCCUCAACAACCACAAUGGAACAUCCCAUCUAUCAGCGAAGAUACUGCACGUGAUGCGUUUGCCCUGUAUGCCUCCAGCAAGUGCUGCUACAGUUCAGCUCCAGCAAAGGAUGGUGUGAUCACCAACAUGGAUGCAUUCAACACAUACAGGUACCGUCUGGAAACAUUUACUGAAUCAAGAUCUACAGAGUGGAGUCACGAGCCAUACAAUGGCCAGCCAGUGGACGCCUUUGCCCAGCAGCCUCCAGGUCCUUGGGAUGUUCCUGCUCAAGCACCCAGUUUCUUUGUGGAUAACAAACAGAUUAUAAAGGUUCCCUACACAUCUUCAAUGAAGCCCUGCCAUGCUUGUGUUGGAAUGGGGCGAAAACCUUGCACAGACUGUGCCGGCGCUGGGAAUAAAGUUUGCUGGGUCUGCAAUGGAUCUGGUUACCGCCAUGGGGAGGAUCGAUGCCACCACUGCAGCGGCAGAGGGAGGGAAAAUUGCACCCGCUGUCAUGGGCAAGGAGCAAAGCAAUGUGACACUUGCCGUGGAAAACAACAGCUUCUGGUUUACAUCAACCUCACUGUGAAAUGGACCAACAACUCUGACAACUACGUUGUGGAACAAUCAAGUGGACUGCAGGUGGAAAACCUCAGCAAGGUGUCCGGCAAGGAGCUUUUCAGGGACUCUCAGUACCUGGUCUACCCAGUGAUGGGCUUCCCAGACCCUACAGUUGUGAAUGCUGCACAGCGCCUUGUCAAUGAACACCAGGGGAAGUUCUCCCAGACGUCACGCAUCCUACAACAGCGUCAAACCAUAGAGCUGAUCCCCGUCACCAAGGUGACCUACUCGUGGAAAGGGAAAUCACACAUUUACUUUGUUUACGGGAAUGAGUUCAAAGUUAAUGCGGACAACUAUCCUGCUACCUGUUGUUGCAGUAUAAUGUAAUAGCAAUUGUUGUGAAUGAAAGUUGUAUUGCUUUCCAAAUCAUUGGAUAUCUAAGUAAGUCCGUUUUACAUGGAAGUUUACUGUCUAAUCGUGAGUUCCUCUACAUGUGGGUCAUUAUGAAGAGUUAAAGGCAAUUAAUGUAUGACCUCACCACCAGUUAUAGAAAUGACAAAAUCCCUCCAAUCUGCAAGAUUACUCAGAAAGGGAAUUUACCUUUUUAAUAACUACUACAAAUGUUUUUUUUAUGUUUAUGUGCCUUUGAUAUGCAGACAGCACAGAAAACCACUGCUUACUGACGCAUUAUAAACCUUAAUCACAUUGUAUUCCCUGAACCUUUUUGCUCUUAUAUUGCAGAAAUGAGUUCGGAAAACCAAAUAUUUGAUACUAGUAUUAUGUUUUUGCAGCAGUCAUUUUUAUGUUAAUAACAUGUAUUUGAACCUAAUCACUUUGCCCCCACAGCAAAGUCACAGUUUUAUUAUGUGAAUGUUACACAUUGGUAAAUGAGUAUGAUUUUGUAAUUGUAAGACAAAAACUUAUUAUACUUGCUUUGCAAUAAUCAAUCUAUUUGAAUAAAUGGUAUUUUGCAAUG